AUGGAGGGAGAAGGCGGCGGCGGCAACACCGCCGGCGAGACAAUGGGAGAAGCUCGGCAAGAUGCUGGUGAGAUGAUUACAGGCAGCAUAGCGGUGGAGGCCUUCGGCUGCCAUGUCCGCGCUAAGCCCCUCGGGCCUCCGAUGUUCGAGUGUCCCGUUGGGCAUUUCUUCGUCUGCUCGUCCUGCCGCGACAAUCUGCCUCAAGACAAGUGCAAGUUCUGCUCCGGAUCGUCUACCCUCGCGCGCAGCCUCGGCAUGGAGCGCGCCGUCCGAUCCAUCCUAGUCGGCUGCUGCUACGCCGACCGCGGGUGCACCGAGAAGACCGCCUACUACGACAAGGACGAGCACGAGAUGGCGUGCCCGCACGCGCCGCGCUUCUGCCCGGGGAGCCCGGCUGCGGCGGCUUCGUCGCCGGGACGGCGGCGGAGCUCCUGGACCACCGCACCGGCCACCACAAGUGGCCGUCGACCAAGUUCCGCUACUGUGUGCCGUUUGAUCUGCGCGUCGUCGAACCAGGCACGCACGUCCUCCGUGGCGCGCGAUGACGACGACCAGCUUUUCCUUGUGAACGUCCGACCGGCGGCGCGGCCGCCUGGGCACGCCGUCUCCCUCGUCUGCGUGCCGCCCUGCCUUGAGCCCACAGGAUUCGGGUGUACGGUGUCUUUCUCGUGCAUUAGGCUCCAUCGCGGCACUUCGACGUUGGACGAUCUGCAGCCCUUGCGGCUUUCUGAUUGGCCUCCGACGGAAUGCAUCUGUGUGGUGCCCAAGGCUUGGCAACACGACGGACAAAACGACGACGACGGUGUCGUGCUCACCAUCACCAUCGUGCGCGCUUUCCCUCUUGAAGAUGAUGACAACCCGUACGACAUGAGCUACAUUGAGAGCGAUGAGGAUGACAGUGAUAGUUCGUGA